AAGCAUUCGAUCGAACGGCCCAGCGCCUUCCCAGGACAAAGCGAGGGAUGACCCAUCAACACUCCUGACUCUCACUAUAAAAGACUCGCUCACUCACUUCCCUUCUCCCAAACUAUCUCUCUGUGUCAAUCGGCACUACUACAUCGCAGGUAAGGGAAAAUGAGAGAGAUCCUUCACGUUCAGGGAGGGCAAUGCGGGAACCAGAUCGGUUCGAAGUUCUGGGAAGUGGUGUGCGACGAGCACGGCAUAGAUCCAACGGGGAAGUACAUUGGACACUCAGAUCUGCAACUGGAGCGCGUGAACGUGUACUACAACGAGGCGUCGUGCGGGAGGUUUGUCCCACGCGCCGUCCUGAUGGACCUGGAGCCGGGGACGAUGGACAGCGUGAGGACGGGGCCGUACGGGCAGAUCUUCCGGCCGGACAACUUCGUGUUCGGGCAGUCGGGGGCGGGGAACAACUGGGCGAAGGGGCACUACACGGAGGGGGCGGAGCUGAUCGACUCGGUCCUGGACGUGGUGCGGAAGGAGGCGGAGAACUGCGACUGCCUCCAGGGCUUCCAGGUGUGCCACUCGCUCGGCGGCGGGACCGGUUCCGGAAUGGGGACGCUCUUGAUUUCCAAGAUCAGGGAGGAGUACCCCGAUAGGAUGAUGCUCACUUUCUCCGUUUUCCCCUCGCCUAAGGUCUCCGACACUGUCGUUGAGCCCUAUAACGCUACUCUUUCUGUUCAUCAGUUGGUGGAGAACGCUGACGAGUGCAUGGUGCUUGACAAUGAGGCGCUCUACGACAUCUGUUUCAGGACUCUCAAGUUGACCACUCCCAGCUUUGGUGACUUGAACCAUUUGAUCUCUGCGACCAUGAGUGGUGUUACAUGCUGUCUUCGUUUCCCGGGUCAACUCAACUCUGACUUGAGGAAAUUGGCUGUGAAUCUCAUCCCUUUCCCACGUCUGCACUUCUUCAUGGUUGGGUUUGCGCCUCUGACCUCUCGGGGCUCUCAGCAAUACCGUGCAUUGACAGUGCCGGAACUGACUCAGCAAAUGUGGGACGCAAAGAACAUGAUGUGCGCUGCAGAUCCCAGACACGGGCGUUAUCUCACGGCGUCAGCAAUGUUCAGGGGGAAGAUGAGCACCAAGGAGGUGGAUGAGCAGAUGAUAAACGUGCAGAACAAGAACUCUUCUUAUUUUGUUGAGUGGAUCCCCAACAAUGUCAAGUCCAGCGUGUGUGACAUUGCUCCUCGAGGGCUGUCCAUGGCGUCCACGUUCAUUGGGAACUCGACCUCGAUUCAGGAGAUGUUCAGGAGGGUGAGCGAGCAGUUCACGGCCAUGUUUAGGAGGAAGGCUUUCUUGCAUUGGUACACUGGGGAGGGCAUGGACGAGAUGGAGUUCACGGAGGCAGAGAGCAACAUGAAUGAUCUUGUUUCUGAGUACCAGCAGUACCAGGACGCCACUGCUGAAGAUGACGGAGAGUACGAGGAUGAGGAGGAAGAUGAUGUUGAAGGGGAUCAUAUGUGAAGGGGCUCAAUGUCAACAUGCUUGUCUCUUGCAUAUGCUAUGUCAUGCGUAAGUGUGUUUGCUCCGCUCUGCGAUUUGAUGAUUGUAAUUAGUGUAUGUACGGUUUGCGGGAUGAUACUGUGAUGAGCCUGGUUAUGGUUAAUGGUAGUGUGAGUGGAGGUUGGAGGGACAUGUGAUGCGGCACCUAUAUGUUUGUUCUUAUAUUGGCUUGCUUUUACUUUUUGUUCCAUCUGGUAUACUGGAUCAUGUUUCCUUAAUAUUUUGUUAUUCUUAUGCAUGGCUUUUGUCUACAUUGGAUU